ACACCGCGUCAGAGCCGGAUUCGGUAGGAGCCGGAGACGACUAGCCAUAACCCGUCCCCCAACUUGAAUCGACAAUGAGCUACGUUAUCUUUGGACGGGCAAUCAAAAACGAAUACCUUGCCCUGGGCACAUUCGCUUCAGUUUUUGGUGGUGCAUUCCUUGCGACACGGGGCGGGAAAAAGGAAGGACCUGCGCCGACGCUUGCUGAGCAGGUCAAGGCCAAUGUGACUUCGGGAAACAGUGAAGAAGAAGAAUUCAUCAAGAAAUUCGUGGAAGAGGCAGAGAAGGAGGUGAAGCAUUGAGGACAAUAAUGAGAGCAGCUUGAAUACGAAGUACUGGUUGUCAUUACCCUUGCAAUCUUAGCUUUUGCCUAAGCAACCCUAACCUGAUCGUUGCC